UGAAAGAGGCACGCGAGAUUUUCUUGGCCACGCCACGCCCUCCUCGUGUCCACCCUAACCCAGUAGACCCUCCGCGACUGGGCGGGCAGACAGCUGGGAUUCUGCCCGCCUCCUACAUCGUCGCACCCGCGAGACAUCUCCCGGCCCGCGAAGGCCGGGGCGGGGAGGAGCCGGGCCGGGGGGCGGCCUGGCAGGAAGCAGCGCGUACCUUCCGCUGCAGGAGGAGCAGGUGGCUGCAGUGCGGGCCUGGGCCCCAGGCUUCCUGUUCGCGCCCGCCGCUACCAUUUAUCGUCGGAGCUCCUUGGGCCACCCGGCCGUCGGGCCGGCUCCAUGGCCCAGACCCCCGACGGCAUAUCCUGUGAGCUGCGAGGCGAGAUCACCAGGUUCCUAUGGCCGAAGGAGGCAGAGCUGCUGCUGAAAACCUGGCUGCCAGACAGGGUGGGCGCUGAGCAAGUUCAUGUCCUGGCACUGCUCCGAUGGAGAGCCUACCUGCUCCACACCUGCUUCCCCCUGAGGGUGGACUGCACGUUCAGCUACCUGGAGGUCCAGGCCAUGGCACUGCAGGAGACACCUCCUCAGGUCACCUUUGAGCUGGAGUCCCUGCCUGAUUUGGUCCUGGAGUUUCCUGGUGCGGCUGCUGUGGAACAGCUGGCCCAGCACGUUGCUGCUGCCAUUAGGAAGGUCUUCCCUCGCUCCACACUUGGGAAGCUAUUCCGGAAGCCCACACCCGCCUCCAUGCUGGCUCGGCUGGAGAGAAGCAGCCCUUCAGAGGCCACCUCCCCCAGCAGCCCCUGUGGUGGCUUCUCGGAGACAUAUGAGGCUCUGUGUGACUACAAUGGCUUCCCUUUCCGAGAGGAGAUUCAGUGGGAUGUGGACACCAUCUACCAUCGUCAGGGCUGCCGCCAUUUCAGCCUAGGAGACUUCAGCCAUCUGGGAAGUAGAGAUCUAGCCUUGAGUGUGGCUGCGCUGUCCUACAACCUGUGGUUCCGGUGCCUCUCCUGUGUGGACAUGAAGCUGAGCCUUGAGGUCUCAGAACAGAUUCUGCACAUGAUGAGUCAGUCAUCACACCUGGAGGAGCUGGUGCUGGAGACCUGUGGCCUCAGGGGAGACUUUGUCAGGCGACUGGCCCAGGCGCUGGCAGGGCACAAGAAUUCUGGGCUGCGAGAGCUCAGCCUGUCAGGGAACCUGCUGGAUGACCGAGGCGUGGCUGCGCUCAGCAGACACCUAGAGCAUCGUCCUGGAGCCCUGAGGAGACUCAGCCUAGCACAAACUGGGUUGACACCACGAGGAAUGAGGGCUCUGGGCCGGGCACUGGCUUCCAAUGCCGCCUUUGAUUCUGCCUUGACCCACUUGGACCUUUCCGGAAACCCCGGGGCACUGGGAGCCUCGGAAGACAAUGGGGACCUCUAUAGUUUCCUGAGCCGUCCUAAUGUUUUGACGUUCCUGAAUCUCGCAAGCACCGACACCGCCCUGGACAUUCUCUUUGCAGCGCUGUCCCGCGGCUGCUGCGCCAGCCUCACCCACCUCGACGCUUCGAGGAACGUCUUCUCCCGCACGAAGUCCCGGGCUGCGCCCGAGGCGCUGCAGCUCUUCCUAAGCCGCGCAGGGGCGCUUCGACACCUGGGCCUGGCGGGCUGUAAGCUGCCCCCCGACGCGCUCAGGGCGCUUUUGGAAGGCCUCGCUCUCAACACGCACUUGGACAACCUGCACCUGGACCUCAGCGCUUGUGAGCUGCGCUCCGCAGGCGCUCAGGUGAUACAAGACUUAGUGUGCGAUGCUGGCGCGGUGAGAUCCCUGGAUCUGGCGGAUAAUGGCUUCGGCUCAGACAUGGUGACUCUGGUGCUGGCCAUUGGGAGGAGUCGGUCCCUGAGACAUGUGGCACUUGGAAGGAACUUCAACGUCCGGUGCAAGGAGACCCUGGACGACGUCCUGCACCGGAUUGUCCAGCUCAUGCAGGAUGACGACUGUCCCCUGCAGUCUCUGUCCGUGGCUGAGUCGCGGCUGAAGCUGGGCGCAGGCGUCCUACUCCGGGCGCUUGGCACCAAUCCAAACUUGACAGCCCUGGAUAUCAGUGGCAACGCCAUGGGGGACACCGGUGCCAAGAUGCUGGCAAAGGCACUUCGGAUCAACACGAGACUCCGGUCUGUGGUCUGGGACCGGAACCACACGUCUGCUCUUGGCCUGCUGGACGUGGCACAGGCCCUGGAGCAGAACCGCAGCCUGAAGGCCAUGCCUCUGCCACUGAACGAUGUGGCCCAGGCACAGCGCAGCCGCCCUGAACUCACAGCACGUGCAGUGCAUCAGAUCCAAGCCUGUCUCUUGAGGAACAACCGCACAGACCAUACCUCUACUGAGAGUACCUCCCGCCCACAGCCACUAGAUCUGGGGUCAGACCCUUCUGAGCAGGAAGUGAAUGAAUUGUGUCAGUCAGUGCAGGAGCAUGUGGAGCUGCUGGGCUGUGGAGCUGGGCCCCAGGGUGAAGCUGCUGUGCACCAGGCUGAGGAUGCCAUACAAAAUGCCAACUUCUCUCUCAGUAUUCUCCCCAUUCUAUAUGAGGCUGGGAGCUCCCCAAGCCAUCAAUGGCAGCUGCGGCAGAAGCUGGAGGGCCUCCUGGGACAGGUGGGCGAGGUCUGCCGCCGGGACAUUCAGGACUUCACUCAGGCCACACUGAACACAACAAGGAGCCUCUGCCCACAGAUGCUGCAGGGACCCAGGUGGAGGGAGCAGCUAGAGGGGGUCCUGGUGGGUUCAAGGGGUCUCCCAGAGCUGCUCCCAGAGCACUUGCUGCAAGAUGCCUUCACUAGGCUCAGGGACAUGCGACUGUCAGUCACAGGGACCUUGGCAGAGAGCAUUGUGGCUCAGGCUCUGGCGGGUCUGAGUGCAGCCCGGGAUCGGCUGGUGGAGAGUCUGGCUCAACAGGCAACAGAGGCAAUGCCCCCUGUCGUACUGACACUGGAUGGAGUUGAGCCCAGCCCCCUUGGGCCUGGGGAGUUGGAAGGCCUUUUCUUCCCUGAGAAGGAGAAGGAAAAGGAGGAUGAAGAGGAGCAGAAGGAUGACAGUCCUCCACAGGAAUGGCCUGAAUGCAUUCACUGCCUUCACCUAGUCCCCUCCACUCACAGUAAGUCGGGACCCAGGAAAGGGAGUUACUUGGGUUGGACUGAAGCUCUGUUAGACCGGGACACAUUCAUUCAGCUCUGUCUUGGGAACUCCCUGACCCUUGACGGGGCCAGACCAGGACCCUCGGGCAACCUGCAAAGUUGGAGUUUGCUGUGGUCAGUCAACACCAGGGCCCGGACAACGUCUCCGCUCACCUCCCCCCGCCCCCGCCCCCUUCCCUACCCCCAGGACGCGCAUGCUUGGCGGCGGUGCGGAGCCGCGCGCUGCUCGGAGCCGCGCUCAGCACCACGGACAGCGGUGGGGGGAGGGGCGGUCAGGGGGGCGGGCGGUGUAGCCGGCCGGCACCACCACCGCCCGCCGCCGGGGGGCCCCCAGGUACCCCCAGCCCUGCCACAGGAAGGAAAUGGGCUCAGUGCCCGCGUGGAUGAGGGUGUGGAAGAAUUCUUCUCCAAAAGGCUGAUCCAUCAGGAUCACCUCUGGGCCCCCGAGGAGGACCCGGCCACUGAGGGGGGUACCACCCCUGUCCCCCGCACACUUCGAAAGAAGCUUGGCACCCUCUUUGCCUUCAAGAAGCCUCGUUCAACACGUGGGCCACGGCCUGAUCUAGAGACCAGCCCUGGAGCAGCUCCCCGAACUCGAAAAACUACACUUGGGGACCUGUUGCGGCCACCAGCCCGUCCUGGGCGUGGUGAGGAGCCUGCUGGAGCCGAGGGGGCCACCAGCAGCCCUGACCCUACCCGCAGGAGUCGGCCUCGAUAUACUCGGGAAAGCAAGGCCUACUCAAUGAUACUGCUACCUGCUGAGGAGGAGGAGAUAACACUGGGUGUCAGACCUGACAAGCGGAGGCCCCUGGAGCGUGGAGACACAGAGCUGGCUCCAUCCUUUGAACAGCGGGUUCAAGUGAUGUUGCAGAGGAUUGGCGUGAGCAGAGGCAGUGGGAAUGCCGAAGGCAAGAGGAAACAAAGCAAAGAUGGAGAAAUCAAGAAGGCUGGCUCGGAUGGUGACAUUAUGGACAGUUCCACAGAGGCCCCUCCCAUCUCAAUCAAGUCCCGCACCCACUCUGUGUCUGCUGACCCUUCAUGCAGACCUGGUCCAGGGGGCCAGGGGCCUGAGUCUGCCACCUGGAAGACACUGGGGCAGCAGCUGAAUGCAGAGCUCCGGAGCCGUGGUUGGGGCCAACAAGAUGGUCCAGGCCCCCCGUCCCCUUGUCCCAGCCCAAGCCCCCGAAGAGCCAGCCCCUCCCCAGACAGCCUGGGCCUCCCAGAGGAUCCUUGCUUAGGCUCCAGGAACGAAGAACGGCCCCUGCGCCUGCAGCGCUCCCCUGUCCUCAAGCGCAGGCCAAAGCUUGAGGCACCUCCAUCUCCAAGCGUAGGAUCUGGUCUUGGAGCCGAGCCUUUGCCCCUUCAGCCUACAGCGCCCUCCAGCCCUGAGUGGAGCCCACCCUCCUCAGCCACAGACCAAAGAGGCGGCGGCCCCAGCCCCUAAUCGCCUCCUUUCUUGCCGCAUGAGAUUAUUUUAUUAAAAAACUCAGAAGAA